CGCUUGUCGUACGUUAAGCCAUAUACAACAAACACAAAUUCAAAAUGGGAGGUCCAAAUCUCGAAGUAUUCAAGUUUGGGAUGUACAUCCUCUUUCCCAUCGGAACCAUGUACUACUUUGGAACGAACCUGGAUGGCAAAUUUACUGUACCCGACUUCUGGCCGAAAGAAGGACAGACACACAAGAUCCCCUAUGAGCGCGAAGAGAUCCAGAAAGAGCUCGCGCGACUGAAAGCACAGAGGCAACAAGCGAGGAGGCUGAGGGAGGCAGAGGAGGCAAAUCAGGCUGCGGCGGAGGGUAGGGGAUCAUGA